AUGCCAAAGCUUCACUUAAAAAACAAAUUUUGUGGACUUCUAGAACAUUUAAAAAGAAGGGAGAAAAAACAACAAAAUUAUCAGCUGAACAUGAAAAAUUGGCAGCAAAUUCUAACCUCAUGUCAAGUUGACCAGGGGAAUGUUGAAGAGAAAAAAGAUGAAAAAGAAGUUGUUGAAGAAGAAAUGGAUAAGGAGAGGACUUCAAAAUCUGGUUGGGACUUUAAAUUAGGCGGUUUACCGAAAAAGAAGGAUUGUCUAAUUGAUGAAUAUAAAUUACUUUGUGCAGAAAAUUUGGAAGAAUUAUUAACCAAAAAUAAGCAAUCACAACAAAUAAAUGAGGAAGAUGAAGAAUCUGCUCCGCCUUGGUGA